ACAUAGAGAAAUAUUUUUUCAAGUAGAUGAUUAUUGUUCACUCGAUCAAGAAAACAAGAUUCAUGUUCUCCCUAAAUAUAAAAUGUAAAGAUUCAUACAUGUGAGGGCUCUCCCUUAUCAAAAUAUACGACUAUAGUCAGAUCAUCAUCGGAGAUGGGCGGAGACGGCAAAGUUUUCACCUUGGCCGAAGUUUCUCAGCACAGUAGCUCCCAGGAUUGUUGGAUCGUCAUCGACGGCAAGGUUUAUGAUGUGACAAAGUUCUUGGAUGAUCAUCCUGGUGGUGAUGAGGUUAUCUUGACUUCUACAGGGAAAGAUGCGACUGAUGAUUUCGAGGAUGUGGGACAUAGUUCGACUGCGAAAGCCAUGCUAGAUGAGUACUAUGUGGGUGAUAUUGACACAGCUACUGUCCCAGUUAAAGCUAAGUUUGUGCCUCCUACUUCGAAGACAGUCGAGGCUAAUCAGGAUAAGAGCUCGGAUUUUGUCAUUAAGCUCCUUCAGUUUCUUGUUCCUCUUCUAAUCUUAGGGUUGGCUUUCGGCAUCCGGUAUUACACUAAGACCAAGACUCCUUCUUCUUGAAGAUUGAAUUGUGGCCUAAGUGAAUUCUUGUGUACGACGUGGUUAAACUCUGUCUCUACCUCUGUUUGUCUUGUAAGACAUCAUUAUAUUCUCUAUUGCAAUCAACUGAGAGACCUUUG